AUACACAUGGAAAGCACAAAGACUGCUUUACAACACUACAUGUUGUGGGCAAAGCAUUAAAAUUGUGAAGAAGAUACAAUAGAAUCUGCCUCCUCCCUGAUUAAAAAUAUAAUGGAAAAUAAAAUAAAACCCAGCUUAUCAAGAAUUACCACAUGACCAACAGGAUAAGACAAUGUUUUCUAAUUAAAGUGAGACAAAAAGAAAUAGAGAAAUUUGAUUUCGGAAUUACCACAAGACCAACAGGAUAAGACAAUGUUGGGAAAGAGAUAGCCUCUACACAAGCAUCUUUUGGUUGGAGCUAUGGCCCAAUGACAUAAUCAGCACUCAACGAUUCCUCAAAUGAGAUAAGUUCUUCUGGGUCCCAAAUCCUCUCAUAUCUUACUUGAAAAGAAGAAGAAAAUGCCACUUUCUUGAACAAAUCUUACUAGUCUCCAAUUAUUAAAAAUAUUAUACUCCCCACUCACUAAUCAAUAAUUAUCUCAAGCUAUAUAUAAGACCACAUUGAAUUCCCCAAAACAUUAAGAAGCAAUAACCAACAAACAGAGAAAAAACUUUAAAUAAAAGCUUAUUUUAAAGAGCAAGAAAAUGUCUGCAAAUAAACUACCUUCUUCAGCUCAGGAGUUCCAAGAACUAGUCCGUGGUGGUUUUGUCUCUAGAAAACUGCUUCUGCACAACCCAUUUGACCACAACCCUCAAGGAGCUUUUGCGGUCGCACCAUCUACUCACAUAACUGAUGAGAACAACCUGAGUGGGAAUGUCUUGAUGCUUCUGUCAGUUCUAGUCUGUGGAGUCAUUUGCUGCCUCGGGUUACAUUACAUCAUUCGUUGCGCAUUCAGACGUUCUCCAAGUUUCAUGAUCUCUGAGCCCGUCUCCAGUAUUCCAACACGACGCGGCUCAUCAAACAAAGGAAUCAAGAAGAAAGCUCUGAAUAUGUUCCAUGUCGUUAGCUACUCACGUGAGAUGAACCUGCCGGGGCUUGGCGAAGAGUGCGUCAUCUGUCUGUCUGAUUUUGUUUGUGGUGAAAAGCUUAGGUUGCUCCCUAAGUGCAACCAUGGGUUCCAUGUUCGUUGCAUUGACAAGUGGCUUAAACAACAUUUGACGUGUCCAAAAUGCAGACACUGUCUGGUUGAGACAUGCCAAAAGAUUUUAGGUGACUCCAGUCAAGUGACGGCAACAGCACCAACAGAGAGCCUAACUGUCAGGAUAGCUCCUUUAGAGCCUGAAGGAAGAGUAAACACUUAUAGAGAAAGCACCUAAAUUCCCAGAAUAUUUUCACAAGUUAGAUAGAAGGUUAUAGAUCUGAGCACAAUUCAUAGAAAAGUUCCAAAAGAAAAAGUAGGAUACUUCAUUUUUAUGUCUUUCCCUUUUAGCAUCUAGCACAAAGUGUAUACAGAGAGAAUAUAUUUCACUUUUAAGCAGCA